ACACACUUUCUGUUCCCUUUCUUACAAUUUCUUCACUGACAAAGGAAUACCUGCACAUUUCCUCACGCACGCACGCAUACUCAAUCGCCACUCCCUCGUACAUCACCCUCUCUCUCUUUCUCUUUCCUGCUUUCUCCCUCUAGCUAUGUGGAUCAUGAUGAGUAACCUGUCAGAGAGUAGAGAGAGCUAUCAGAAGAGGAUAGUGCAGAGAAAACACAGAUUUUUCCAGCCAUAUCAUACCUUAUUAUUUCACCUUUUUCUUUCUGCCACCCGAUUCAUCAAAUCCCCAUGAGAACACCCCUUAUAAACCACACACCCUCAUCCCCAAUCCCUAACAAAAUCUUUAACCCACCAAGGUGAAGAAAAAAAAAUUGAAAGUGACAAUCCCUAACCAAAUCUUUAACCACUUAAAACCUUCUUUCACUAUUUUGCUUCUAUGAACCCCUUCCCCAUGCCAUGCCUCUCAUUUCCUCCUAUAUAAAAGCCAUGAAGUAGUGUUAUUAGUAUCCAAUAUUCUCCUUCUACUUAAAUUAAAUUCUCCCUCACUUUUCAUCUCUCUCUUUUGUAAGUGUUCCUUAUUUUUUUCUCUCCAAUGGACAACUCUUCCUACCACCACUUGGACCACACUGAAGCUCACUUGCCACCUGGUUUUCGGUUCCACCCUACAGAUGAGGAGCUCAUAACUUACUACCUUCUCAAGAAGGUUCUUGACAGCACCUUCACUGGUAGAGCCAUAGCUGAAGUUGACCUCAACAAGAGUGAGCCAUGGGAGCUUCCUGAGAAAGCUAAGAUGGGAGAGAAAGAGUGGUACUUCUUCAGCUUACGUGACAGGAAGUACCCAACUGGGUUAAGAACCAAUAGGGCUACUGAAGCUGGUUACUGGAAAGCGACUGGGAAAGAUAGAGAGAUUUAUAGCUCAAAAACUUGUUCUUUGGUGGGGAUGAAGAAAACCUUAGUUUUCUACCGUGGUAGAGCUCCAAAGGGAGAGAAAAGCAACUGGGUCAUGCAUGAGUAUCGCCUUGAAGGCAAAUUUGCUUACCACUACCUUUCUCGCAACUCCAAAGAUGAGUGGGUCAUAUCACGUGUGUUUCAGAAGAGUAACACCGCCACCAACAAUGGAGGCUCCGUCAUGUCUGCUUCUAGUAACUCCAAGAAGACAAGAAUGAACAGCACCACCUCUCUUAUCCAUGAACCAAGUUCACCCUCCUCAGUUUUCCUUCCACCUCUUCUAGACACUUCACCCUACACCAACACAGCUAACUUCACCGACCGUCACAAUGGUUCCUAUGACAGCAUCACCAAAAAGGAGCACGUGUCCUGUUUCUCCACAAUAGCUGCAGCAACAACUGCUGUUGUCUCCCCCAACAACUUCAACAAUGCAGGCUUUGACCUUUCACCUUCUCAGCCUCUUGCAACCGACCCUUUUGCCAGGUUUCAGAGGAACGUUGAUUUUUCUGCUUUUCCAAGUUUGAGGUCACUACAAGACAACCUUCAGUUCCCUUUCGUCUUUUCCACGGCUGCACCGCCCUUCUCCGGCGGCGGUUCCGGCGACUUUCUCAGUUGGCCGGUGCCGGAGGAGCAGAGGCUGAUAGAUGGUGUUUCCAACAUGCCACUGGGAGUGUCGGAGCUUGAUUGCAUGUGGAGCUACUAAUUCAGCUUUUGUUGAUUUUGUCCAGAGUUGACUACUUGGAUUAGACUUUUAGACUUUGAUUAUGUCACAUUUUGUUAUGUGUUAUGUGUUAUGUUUUCUUUAUUGCCUAAUGUGGCUUGUACUAUAGUACUAGUACUUGGUUUGUGUGCUGCUGUUGAUUAUGUGUGAUGUUUUCCUUAAUGGCCUUGUAUGAGGGUUGAACAAUCUACUUUGGUUGUUUUUUGUUUUUUAUUACUAGCCGUCUAGGGUUAGUUUGAUGUAAGGUUAGUUUUGGUAUUGUGUUUGAGCUAUGGUACACUUAGAAUUUAUGUCUUUGGAAGUGUUUGCAAUGUCUGACGUGUGGAUCUUCAAAGUAAAUGCUCAAUAUUUAAGAGUAUCAGAUCC